AUGGAUCAAAAUCUAAAUUUUUCUAGUCAUAUUGUUAACUUACCAAAUUCGACGAUUUAUAAAUUCGAAAUUCCUGGAUUUGAAAUUAUUGUUAUACCAAAGUCUAACCAAGUUAUGAAUUUAAACAAUUUGAAUACGCAACAUCAAUCUUAUGUGAAUUCUUACUCUCCAGUUGCAACACAAUUAGUAAAUCAAAAUCAAAACUAUAUUAACGAAAAUUUCGUUAGUAAUAGCCACAUAAAUCCUGUAAAUAACAUGAAUACGGAUAAUUUGCAAUAUCAUCAACAACUUGGAUAUAAUAACAUCCAAGGUGGACAACCAGCUUCAAAUCAUUUUGUUUGCUUACCAAAUUCGACGACUUUCGAUUCCUCUCAGCCACAAGUAAAUCAUUAUAAAUUCGAAAUUCCUGGAUUUGAAAUUAUUGUUAAUACGGAUAAUUUGCAAUAUUAUCAACAACCCGAAUAUAAUAACUUCCAAGGUUAAAGUUUUGAAUAAUAAUAUCGUGGUAGUUUGUUUUUAGUUUUUGUUUAAUGAAAUGUUUAGAAAAUACAGAAAACAUAGGAAAAUAUUAAAAAAUCAAAAAAAAAAAAA